AUGGCCUCACUACGAAUUCCUGCCCUUCGCCGGCUUGUAGCCGCUCCCAUACGCACCACCCGAGCUAUCAACCAGCGACGAUGGGCUCAAGUUCACGAUAUUCGCUUCCUCGCAACAACCCAACCUUCGCAAGCCGUCGUCGAGAAAUACAAAGAGAAACUGAACCAGAAGGCUCAGAAAGAGGGCCUCCAGAGCAUUGACCAGCUCAAGGCAGCUUACGCUGACAAAAUCGAUGCUGAGCGUCGAAAGAGUGGUAUUGAGAUUCCAGUUGGAACAAUUCCUCAAGCACCCGAAACACCAGUUGUUCAACCCAACGCCGACGACCCCCCUGGACAAGACGAGCCCACCAAAGACCCUCGCGAUCCUCCUACCACUCCUCCCCAAUAUCCUCCAGCCGGCUCAGAUAAGCCUGCUAUCAAGACUCUAAAUGACAUCAUUGACCUCCCCAAGGCACGGGAGCUUCCAGAAAAGGAGCUUACAGCUAUCUGGCGUCUACGACAUGCCUCAUCUGAGCAGAACCUCUGUGCUGUAAUCCCGAUGUCUACAUACAAGGCUAUGGAGGACGCUGCACGAGCAGCCCCUCAAUUCGUCCUUCCGGUGCCUCAUCCCGCCCAAGGCGCAGAGAUUCACUUCCUGCAGUGGACCUUUGAUGCCGCGUCCAAAACUAGCACUGUUCUGUUCACCCAGCUUGCUGAAUACAAGAACCGAGGCGAGUUUGCACAGCCUCACACUACCAUCACACACCACCUCGACCUUGCCGAUGAGCGAGGUCUGGUUUUGAUGCAGGGCCAGGUCCUGCCUGACCGAGGUGUUACACCAGAGAACGCCAAGUGGCUUCUCAUGUCUCUACAGCGAUUCUAUGGUGGUUGGGAUGGUGAGGAAGUCGAGCUGACUGGUGAGCGUAAGGAUAGGGCUGAGGAGCGAAAGAAGCUGCUGAACUGGUUCGCAGCUGGCGACUCGAGAUUCAGCGUUGAUAAGCUGCUGGAGGAGGCUGAGCGCAUGGGUUAA